AUGGCACCUGCUCGGAGGACAGGCGAGGCCCCACAGGGGCCAGCGCCUACUCCGCGCACCAAACAACGGCCGCCGCCGCCGCCAUUUUACCUACCAUUGAACAUCGCACUCUACCUUUGCAUUAUCACCAAUGUGAUUUCAGCCCUCUACGCGCCGAUACAGGAUUGUGACGAAGUCUUUAACUUCUGGGAACCAACGCAUUAUCUCAACCAUGGAUACGGGCUUCAGACGUGGGAGUACUCUCCGGUGUACUCGAUCCGAAGCUGGCUGUAUGUCUCUACACAUGCCCUGGUAGGCAAAAUCGGAUCGUUUGCUCUAAGCAGCAAGUCUGCAGAGUUCUAUGCGAUCAGAUGCUUCCUUGCGCUGGUGUGCGCUGCUUGCGAGACCCGUCUCUACUCCGCCAUCUGUCGCACCUUGAGCCCCCGCAUCGGCCUUCUCUUCCUCAUGGUCGUCGCAUUCACCCCCGGCAUGUUCCAUGCAUCAACCGCCUUCCUACCAUCUAGCUUCACCAUGUAUAUGUCGAUGCUGGGUCUGACGGCGUUCUUGGAUUGGCGCGAUGGUCAGAAAACGGCGCAGGGAAUCAUGUGGUUUGGGCUCGGGGCGAUUGUCGGCUGGCCGUUUGCUGGGGCUCUCAUGCUUCCUCUUUUAUUGGAGGAGGUUGUUAUCAGCUUGUUGUCGUCAAACGUGAGAGGAAUGGUCCUAAGCGUUCUGGAUGGCGCGAUGAGGUGUUUUGUAAUUCUGGCUCUUGAAAUUGCUGUAGACUACGCUUUCCUGCGUAAACUUGUUAUUGUACCCUGGAACAUCGUGGCGUACAACGUUUUUGGCGGAGAGGGUAGAGGUCCCGAUAUCUUCGGGGUUGAGCCUUGGACCUUCUACAUCCGGAACUUGCUGCUCAACUUCAACAUCUGGUUUGCGUUCGCUAUGGCCGCUGCGCCGCUGCUUGCCCUUCAGGCGCUUUUCCGCCCCAAGGCGACUAGUGUGCAGACCUUGCUCCGAACCGUGACACUUAUCACCCCGUUUUACAUGUGGUUCGCCAUUUUCACAGCCCAGCCACAUAAGGAAGAGCGGUUCAUGUUCCCAGCAUAUCCAUUCCUCGCGCUCAAUGCGUCCAUUGCCUUCCACAUGAUUCUGUCGUUCGUUGGCUCCAGUAACCCCAAUGUGUCAGCUGGGAGUAUGUUACCGAAGAUCAAGUUGGCAGUGAUCAUGUCAAUAAUCCUAAUGGCCCUCAAUUCUGGUCUCCUGCGGAUUGUUGGGAUCAUGAGCGCCUACAAUGCUCCGCUGAAGGUCUUCGAACCGUUGGCACAGCCCGGAGUCGCCCAGCCAGGCGAUACGGUGUGUUUUGGCAAGGAGUGGUACCGGUUUCCCUCGUCCUUCUUCCUCCCCAGCGACCUGCGGGCCAAAUUUGUUCGCAGCGAAUUCCGAGGACUGCUUCCCGGUGAGUUUCCCGAGGCUGCGGACUUCUCUGCGCUCUUUGAAGGGACGUCGCGGAUUCCCACGGGCAUGAACGAUCGCAAUGAAGAAGAUCUCGGAAAAUACACCGACCUCUCGCAAUGUUCCUUCCUGGUAGACUCGGAGUUCCCGAGCCGGAAGGCAACCGAGCUGGAGCCAGAUUACAUCCACGAGGACACGCAGUGGGAGCAGCUGGCGUGUCAUAGCUUCCUGGACGCAUCCCAGACGGGACUCCUGGGGCGGCUGAUCUGGACUCCGGAUUUGCCUAUCACCCCAGAGCCUCUUCGGCGGAAAUGGGGCGAGUACUGUCUGCUGCGGAGACGCAGCGACGUCACAGCCCAUAUAACUGAUGCCAGUAAUGUAGAAUGGAUCCCAUCGGACUUCAAACGGCCUCCAGCAUCACCGUAUCCCGACUGGGAUGUACACACGACCAAGCCCAUUCCCUAUCGACCAUUUAGAUAUGGACCCAAGUACUUCGUCACGAUGGGUCUACGCAGCAUGAACUGGGACGAAUGGAUUGAACUCGACAACCACUACCUCAAAUACCACGCCGACAAGGCCCGUCGCAUCGCAGAACGCGGCGACAAAUGCUGCAAAACCGCCCCGGAAGCCUGGGACGCAGCCAUCGAGCUCCUCGAAGAGCUAACCUCCUACCUCCCCGAACGCUACCCAACCAUGUUCCAAAGAACCCCAACAGGCCUAACCAACCUCGUCACCCACGAAACCUUCAACAUAACCCAGCGGCCCCUCCCCGAAGACCCCAUGACCAUCGCCGCGCGCCUCAUCCAAGACGACCUCGCCAUCAUGAUCGAACGACCCGACGGCGAAUACUACCUCCUAGCAGGCGCCGUCCUCCUCGCCGGAUUCUGGCGCCUCUCCGACAAAUACGGCAUGCGACUCUCCGAAAUCCACACCUCGGGCUCCGUCCCGCAAUACACCGAGAAACUCGAAAAGGGAAUGAUGAAUUUCUUCCGGCGCUUGAAACCAGAAGACCCUGUUCUCCGGAACAACUACUUCAUCCAAGUCGAUGACAGCUUACCCUGGUCGCAUAGUAUCGGGUCCGAGGACGCGAAGGAGGUGUCGUGGAGCACGGCGCAGAAGAACAAGGCGAUUGAGAAUCACUGGUUCCGGUCUGAGAGGCAGAGUCUGAGACGGUUGCCGAGGUCGGGAGGCGUGGUGUUUACGAUUCGGACGUAUUUUGAACCCAUUACGAAGAUUGUGGAGGAGGAGUAUGUUCCGGGCAGGUUGGCUUCUGCGGUGAGGAGUUGGGGUGAUGAUGUGGCGGUUUAUAAGGGAAGGGAGAGGUAUGGGGAUGUGUUGUUGGAGUUUUUGGAUAGGAAGCAUCAGGAACAGCUCGAUAGGGGGUUGAGGGUCGAGUUGGAGGAUGAGGUGAGGAAGUAUCCUCUUUGA